AUGGCGUCUCGAAGUUUUCCGGAGAUGCCCACUCCGUCGUCGCUUCUGUCGGCGUACGCCUCAAUGUCAACAUCAAUCAUGCUCUUCCGUACAAUGUUUGACCAGCUCUUCCCUAGACAACUCCGGCGAUACGUCGUCGACGCCGUCCGAUUCUACUGGAAACCCAAAUCCUCCAAACUCACUCUCGUCUUCGAGGAGAAAGACGGCAUGUCCAUGAACCACAUGUUUGAAGCUGCCGAAGCCUUUCUCUGUUCCAGAAUCAACCCCGAUUCUGAACGACUCAGGAUCACGAAAUCUGUGAAAGAAAACCACAUCAAUAUCAAGUUUGCAGAUUCUGAGGAAGUAGUGGAUUCGUUUGAAGGGAUCAUGCUUACAUGGAAAUACGUUCGUCACCAGCCACAGCCAAGCGGCGGCGGCGGGGAUGACUCUGGUUACGGUGGCGGAAAGAAUAGCUCCGGUGGUAGCUUUUCACUCGAGAGGAAAUACAUCGAGUUGAAAUUUGACAAAAAAUACAAAGAGACUAUAAUAACUUCUUACUUGCCAUUGAUAAUUAAAAAAUCUCAAGAACUUGAGAACGAGAAGAAAGUCGUGAAGCUCCAUAACCUCCAAUCAUACGGCGGCGGACCCGGCGGAUUCAAGGAAUCGGUGAAUCUUGACCACCCAUCAACGUUUGACACAUUGGCGAUGGAUCCGAAGAUGAAAAAGGCGAUCAUUGAUGAUUUGGAUUUGUUUUUGAAAAGGAGGGAUUUUUACAGGAGAGUUGGGAAGGCGUGGAAGAGAGGGUAUUUACUGUAUGGUCCGCCGGGGACGGGGAAAUCGAGCUUGAUUGCUGCCAUGGCGAAUUAUCUGAAGUUUGAUAUUUAUGAUUUACAGUUGAUGAAUGUUGGGAGUGAUUCGAGUUUGAAGAAAUUGAUGUUGAGAACUUCGAAUCGAUCGAUACUUGUGAUUGAAGAUAUUGAUUGUAGCAUACAGUUGCCUGAUCGGAAGGGAGCCAUGCCCAUGUUCUCUAAACUUCCCGAUGUUAAACCUGUUCGUGAUUCCCAGUUCUCUUUAUCGGGGCUUUUAAACUUCAUAGAUGGGUUAUGGUCAUGUUGUGGGGAUGAACGUAUCAUAAUCUUUACAACCAACCACAAAGAAAGACUCGAUCCAGCAUUGCUUCGACCAGGAAGGAUGGAUGUGCACAUUCACAUGUCAUACUUAACGACUGAAGGGUUUAAGACACUAGCUGCUAACUAUCUAAACAUUCAUGAUCACCAUUGGAGAUUUAGGGAAAUUAAAGAGUUGAUUAAUGACACCAAAGUUACACCAGCUGAGGUAGCCGAGGAACUCAUGAAGUCUGAUAAUUCGGAGGUUGUAUUAGAAGGGCUUGUAAAUUUUUUGAAACGUAAGAAGACAGAAGAUGAAACAACGAAAGAUGGAGUGCAUUAUGGAGAAGGUGAAGUUCGUGAACCAAAAAAGGCAAAAGUUAUUUCAUGAUUGAAGAACUAGGGUGGAUAAUUUUAACAAUUAUGUUUGAUUUACCAUGCAAUUGAGCUAUUGUUAUAUUGAUUUAUGUAUAAUAACAAUAUAUUUAUAUUUUUAGCGGCAUGCACAAUCUGAUAUCAGAAAUUCACAAAAUGUACUUUAUUUUCUACAUAUAAUUGCAAAGUAUAUAUUUAUUUAGAAAUAAGAACAAUGUGUAUAAUUGUUUUUAAUUAUAACAACAUACUUAUACUUA